CAGUCGUGGUGGCUGGGAAGAGAGGACGGAGACAUGCAGCAGCCGCUCAGUCACAUAGUCCAUUGUUUUUGACCACUGCACUGAGGGAGAAGAAGGAAUUUGCCGUGGAUUUUCCUCCAACUUUCUGGCUACCAGUUCUGUACAAAACUUUUUCUCUCACUGUUCUGCGGUCCAGACAGUUGGCAGAGUUUCAUGGACACAUUUCUACGGACAAGCCGUCUUGUGAGGGAGGAAGCUGAGAGGACUGUUCGCCUUGGAUGACCAGCUGAUCUCAAGGAGCAGCAUCUCCUGAGCGGAAACGAGAGAGAGAGCUCAUCUCGCCUUAGGGAACUGGAGGAUCCAACCGCAGGCCGGGGAAAAGUAACCUCUCGACAGACGAGGCGUUCUGAUUUCGUGAGGAUCGUUUCGGACGUUGCAACCAUGGCGGGGAUGUACGGAUGCUUCAAGGGCAGGAAAUGAAACGGAGGAUGUCACCAUUGGGAGCCAGCUUUGGAAGCGGGCCCAGCAGUGACAGCGCUGCCAUGGCAUCAGGAUCUCCAGACGUGGCGACCAAUCAGGAGCCUGCUGAGGUCCAGGAGGAUUGCUCCGGAAAGAAGAAAUCAAAGUUCCAGACGUUCAAGAAAUUGUUUGCUCGGAAGAAAAGGAAAGAGCCGCAGAGCGAGGGAGCGGAGGAGGGCCUGAAGGGGAGCCAGUCGAGUGACAACGUCAGCAAAACGUCAGAGAACAACACACUGAUCCCAUCCGAGAAGGAGAAGGGCUCUGGGUCUAGGAUCAGUCUGGGCAACAAGGCCUUGUCACAUGACUCUGUUUUCGUCUCCGACUCAUCAGAAGCUAACGAGGGCCUUGGGGCGUCUCAGGACAGCAUUCACGGGAAAGUUAAAUCCCUGCAGCUCCAGCUGAAGCAGGUCAUCAGACUGGGUUCUCCUCCGUCCUUAAUGUGUGUGAAGACGACCGAAGACGCCGGAGCCACGUCUGAGGACGACGGCCUGCCCUGCAGCCCGCCCGACUACACAUCCCUUCAUUCAGUCAAGAGUAAAGCUGAGAGGUCCAGCUCCAACAGCCUGCAUGGAGUCGACAGCAACGAGCAGCUGUCCGUCAGAGCUGUGAGCCCCCCCGCGAUUCCCGGGGACUUCAGCCAGCCGGCCAGUCCCUUCGCCUGCCUGGAUAACUCUGCUGCCAAGCACAAGCUGGGCCUGAGAAACAAGGCCUGCAACAGGAGGAAACCCGCCCGUCGCCUGGAGUUGAAAACAGAGGGCGACUCUGCGGUGGAGGAGGAGCUGACGGUGUCUCUGACGGCAGCAGACGUUACGGAGGAGCAGCAGAAGGCAGAAGUCGAAAGUCGGGAUCAGCUGAAAGCGGAAACCGAACAGGAGGAGGACGAAGAGGACAAACCCCAAAAAGAUUCCCCAGCCUUCCCGCUCGGGGCCAACGAGGGAGAAGAUGAUGCGGAAUCUGAACAGGAUGUUUCUCACGCCCCGGACGCUUCCUGUCCUCUAGAGUCCAGACUCUCUGAGGAGAAAGAGGAGGAGGAAGAUGAGGAAGAGCAGGACGUCUCAGUUGAUAGGCACGCUCCCUCCUCCAGCUCCACAUCCUCCUCCUUGGACAGUCCCAGCGUCUCACCAGAGCCCCCUGCUGGUCAGACGGAGCACCUGACCGGCCUCGUCCACUCUGAGAGUGACUCUUCGUCGGGGGAAGAAGAAAACGUCGAGGAGAGGAGCUCUCUCUUGGAGGAGGUGCUGAGCUCCUUGAAGAACUCUCACUCGCCCGAUGUGGAGGUCAGCGGCGUUGUCAUGGAGACAGAGGAGUCGGAGGAUGAGGCAGUGGAAGUUGACGAGAGGAAGGAAGAGGAGGAUCCCGCUGGUUGUGAGGAACCCGCCUUGAGCCCUGACACGUCUGAUCGGAUUGCCCAGGAGGUAGAGGAGGUUCUUCCUCAGUCUCUACAGGAGGAAGAGGAGGUUCUUCCUCAGUCUCUACAGGAGGAAGAGGAGGUUCUUCCUCAGUCUCUACAGGAGGAAGAGGAGGUUCUUCCUCAGUCUCUACAGGAGGAAGAGGUCGCUGUAGAAGAAGAAGAAGAAGAAGAAGAAGAAGAAGAAGAAGCAAAAAGCAUAGAGGAAGAACCUGAGGAGGACAAAGUUUUGGAGCGAUUCAUUCAACACACUGAGGAGGAGGAAGUUGAAUCGGAGGAAGAAAUCAAACAAACCAUCAACCAGGAAGAAGUGGAGGAAGAACGGGAUAGCGGCGAGGAGGAGGAAGUGGAGGAGGAGGGGGUGGAGUUAAAGGAGGAGCCAGAAGCUGUUGAGGAGAAAUGGGAGAACGAGGUUGAAGAAAGGGAGGAAGGAAGCUGUGUCGAGGUGGAGGAGGUGAGAGAUGAAGAAGAGGCAGAGGAGGAAGCAAAAUGGGAUGAAGAGGAAUUGUUGACGGAGGGGAUCCCUGACGCUGAAGACGAGGAGGAUCCGACUGCCUCGUCUAUUCAAGAGGAAGGCGAUGGAGAUGAUGAUACCCCAGAGAUGGAUGAUCAAAUAGUUCCCAAAGUGAACGAAGAGCAGGAAGUUUUAAAUAAGAACUCUGGAGCUGAGGAAGAGGAAGAGGAAGAGCUCCAGGAUCGUAAAUCAGAAGACGUGGAAAGACGUCACAAUGAAAAUCAGAGUGGAGAUGACGUGGAAUUGGGAAAAGACGGAACAAGUCCCCUCAUGGAGGAGAAGGAAGCUGAAGCCGAGGAAGAAGGCCGUGUUUCCUCCAGACUUCCUCCACUGAUCCAGGCGGAGUCACGCUCUGUUUCCUGUUCAGAUCAGAGUCCCACCAGUUCCCCCAGUAAGACCAGCACCUUACACAUCCAUCUGGCCUCCCCCACCUCAGAGAAACCCAGCUCUCCGCUCCGGCUCUCUGAUAUAACAGAGCCACUUUCCCCCGCCGAGGAACCCACAGAGUUUAACGUGACAGAGCGGAUAGAAGAAGUGCAAAAACCAGAAGAAGAAGAAGAGAAGCAAUCAGCACCAGAACAAGGUGAUUCCUCCGGGCAGGAAGCGCCGUCAACACCGACGGAUCAAAGCAAAGUCCGCUUUACCGUCGCCCCGGCGUGGCAGCGGCUACAGAGCCACCCCACCUCCCCGUCUGCCACUCCGGCGCUCUGGGACGGCAGCGCCGAGGUGGAGGCAGCGGACCCGAAGGAACGGGACGUGAAAGCAGAACCCGGCAGCCCAGCCGAGGUGGAAUCGAGUCCGGUCAGAGGGAGGAGUUCAGGGAGCUUCACCGCCAAACCGCAGAGCUACGCAGCGUCCGCUCCAACUGAGGCUCAUACCGCACCGCCGGGGAGAACAUCAGAGAGCGCUGCGGAGGCGGAGGCCGGCCCAGACAGUCCGUUUGGGGUCCGGCUGAGGAAGACGUCAGCUCUGCUCCGGUUCGGCUCAGAAGAGGUCGAAUCAGAGCCUCAAGUCGAGUCGCCGACACAAUCGCCCUCCGCCAAAGCCGAGUCACCCCAGCCAAUCAGCGCCAAGCCCCCUGCGAGCCAUUCAAUCGGCAACAAGCCCGCUCUGCCUAGGAAACCGGAGGUCCACGGAGACGCCGGAGCCAAACCGAGACGCAUCUCAGAACCGGCCGCAGCCCGAAGUGCGCCCGGCGGGUCCGAUGCCCCCAGCUGGAUCUCUGUGGCCAAACAGAAACAGAAGGUUUACAAAGAAACCCCGCUCAAUGAAAUCACAGUCAAGAUGGAGGAGCAGGAGAGGAAGCCGGCGUUGCCUCCAAGCAGGGAGCAGAGCAGCAGCAAACCGCUUGAACCCAGCAGAGUGUCGGUAGAAAAGGAGACCAGAAGAACUUUCUCUGUUCCAACUCCAGUGCCGCCUCAGCCCCCGAAGACUCCGCUCCAAAAGCCGCAGGCACCACCCACCCCAGCGAAACCCUCGCCCCGACCGGACUCGCCCCGACCGGACUCGCCCCGACCGGACUCGCCCCGCUCCUCCCCUUUAAGUCCCCCGCCGGUUCUCUCCAAAAUACCGCCGGUCGCCUUGCCGAGGACUGUCCCGGAAAAGGCUGCCUCCAGGCAGGCUGCGCCCCCACAGCGGGGCUCGCCUCCCGCCACUCUGCCCCAGAAUGAGCCCCCCUGGAUGGCGCUCGCCAAGAAGAAGGCCAAAGCCUGGAGCGAGAUGCCGCAGAUCGUCCAGUGACGGCUCCCGGUGGUCAUGACCCAAAGAAAGUUUUUGGGUGUCAAAACGUAAAAACUAUAAAGCGCCGCACUGCGUUUGCACGUUGUAUCGCCGGCUUCGGGCUUUCUGAUUGGUCUCUGACGUGCAGUCCUACAGCUACAAACAGCUCUUUUUGCUCUGCCUCCACAUGUUCUGCAGCCACGUCUGUCUGAAUCACAGCAGUAAAUGUAUCCAUAUUUCUCUCAGUCUCUAUUAUUAUUAAAUAAGGUGCCUAAAUCAGACACAUUUUCAUAAAACUGCCAACUGUAACUUUGAUCUAAAUUAAGAGUCAAACAUCAGCUAAGAAGCAUCCAGUUUGUAGAAGAGAAUCGGUCUGUUUCAUUCUGCAGCGAGCGGACAUGUUCCCCGCUUCCUUUCCUAGUGUGACGUGUUUUGUUUUUUAUCUCUGUGAUGAAGAAAGUCCUCCAGGAAGCUGCCUAACGUUUCCUCCAGAGGCGAAACUAAUCACUGAUUGCUGCCUAACGUUUCCUCCAGAGGCGAAACUAAUCACUGAUUGCUGCCUCAGCAGGUGUGCAGCGAUAAUGAAAGUGUAAACUCUGAGGUUCCUCUCCUCUCCUGCUUCCUGAGACCUUCUGUUGUCGUUCCUCGGUGCGUAACCGCAGGAUACGAGCGCGCUGUCCAUGACAAAACAUCCUGUUCAGGACCGGAACCGAGCGGUCAGCAUCCUCCCGUCUCCGGGGCCGAGCUUUGCUCACUUUUAUUUACUUUUUGUCUUACAAUAAUUAUUAAUGUGUGACACGUUUUAUUUCGCAUUGCCUUUGGAGAAUUUGUCUUGUACAUAAAGUGUACAGUUAAAAAAAAAAAAAAUCAAGUGAGGCCAUGUUCUUGUGUGUGUGGUUUUUUUGUUUUGUUUUUUUUUUGGUCUGUUUUGUGUGUGAUGGGGGAGGAAAUUGUGUCUUGUAAAAGCUUUCAGACUUUGAUUUUUAAAAUUUUGCAACCACAAACCUCUGAAUUACAGGAGGUUAUAUGACAGACUCAUUGUGGUCCAUUACAGAUGAGAACGUUUAAAAUUU